AUGGCGGCCGCAGUAAUCCCCGGCGGCUGUUCUGCUGAAAAAGCUACUUCAAAACUUUUGCGUCAAAAGACUCGGGAAUUCCUUGCCUCAAGAAAGCAUGCCAAUAAUUUAAUUGACAUAAUUAAUUACUGGGAUGAAGCCCCCACGUCGUGUAUUCUUAAUUUGGAGAAGAUAUUCGUCGAAAUACUUAGACGGGGUGACAUGUAUCAAGAACAAACGAUAACACUCACCAUUUCAGAUCCACAUCCCGAGUCGCGUUAUAUCAACUGGCUGCAAAAUUGCUAUAAAGAAGUUUGGGAUAAAGUUUUGCUAUCGAUUGAGAGCAGUUAUCCAGUGGUUCAGUCCCAAGCUCUAGCUACUGCCUUAAAAUUAAUAGCCGAAGAAGGCAAAGCGCCUUUGGAGCCAACUGGAAAUCUAGAGUAUUAUUUUCCUUUACAUCGAUUGAAACCCGUUUUGAUGAGGCUGCUCUCCCCUGAAAAGGAUAACAUGGACUUAAUAGCCAGAUUUCAAGAAGUAUCUAGCUACUCGGAUGCUUUGUACUAUACUUGGAAGUGUCUUCCUUCAUUAACUCCAAAGCGACAACCACAAGAAGUUUAUAUAAGGAAUUUAUUACAUCUUAUACAUAGAUUACCUCUGCCAAAAGAUGGAGAAGGAAGUGAAAGUUCUGAAACUUGUGAAUUAUUUUGUGGCCCUCAGCAAGCAUGUGGUGGUUUUGUAUGGGAUCAGCAAAGUGCCAAACGAGCUCUCAAUAAAGUUUGGGCUUGUAUUAUGCAUUGGGAAUUGACUCCACAGUUGCAUAAAAAACUUUUAAUAGUUUUACUAGAAGAUGUUAUGCCUCAUUUAGAGAAGCCAUUAUUAAUGACAGAUUUUCUUAUGGAUUCCUUGGAUACCAAUGGGCCUAUUGGUAUUCUUGCCCUUCAUGGUGUAUUUAUUCUGGUGACAAAGUAUAAUUUGGAGUACCCUAACAUUUUUAUGAAGCUUUAUUCUAUGUUUGAACCAGAAAUCUUUCACACCAAAUAUAAAGCUCGUUUAUUUUAUUUAUCAGACCUAUUUUUAAGUUCAACACAUUUACCUGAAGCUUUAGUGGCAGCUUUUGCAAAAAGACUUGCACGUUUAGCACUUGUAGCACCUGUGGAAGAUAUAUUAGUUAUUUUACUCUUCAUUGGAAAUCUUUUACUAAGACAUCCAGGAUUAAAAUGUCUAAUUGACUGUCCAGAAGGUGGUGAUAGUAGUGGAGAUCCGUUUCUUAUGGAGGAACGCGAUCCACUUCUUAGUAAUGCCCUUCAAAGCAGCCUUUGGGAGAUUAAAUCUCUUCAGCAACAUUGCUUACCUUGUGUUGUAACUGCAGCGCAAUUUAUUGAAGGACCAUUGCCAUCGGUAGAGCACAACUUAGCAUCUGCUUUAAAGUGCCCAAGUGGUCAACUGUUUGAACGUGAAAUAAAUAAAAAAGUUGAAGAUAUUAUGAUAAACUUUGAAAGAUCAACCUCGAUGACUUUACCCAAAGGAGAGCGAUUGUUGAAGUAUUGGGAUUUUAUGCAAUGAUUUCUAAUAACAGUAAGAUUUUUGGAAUUGUAUGCUGCACUCACCUGAUGAAACACGUUAUGGGAUCAGUGUAAUAUGCUACCACUUUAAAGACGCGUGACGAAAAGUAAUUAAGUAUGAGUGAAUAAACGACUUAAGAACCUCAUGAAGAAUGAAACCUCUUCUUGCAAGUACUGAACAAGAAUAUUUUCUUGGUGAUAAAUUUACAUUGGCAAAUUUCUUGUUUGAAAUGUUUUAUUUCACAUUAAAUACUGUAGAAUAAUACGAGCGCAAUAUACCAAUUGAAAAAUAAUACUAAAUUAGUUACAAUGUGAAAGAACAAGUUAUUGGCUCAUAGCUGUUACUCUACACGAAGUUUGUCAUAUCAAAUCAUUUAUACGCAUAAAUGUGAGAUAAUAAAAUAAAAAUUUAAUUUAAUAACAAAAUCAA